AUGAAGCACCUUGCCGCUUACCUUCUGCUCGCCCUCGCCGGCAACGAGUCCCCCUCGGCCGCCGACAUCAAGGGUGUCCUCUCCUCUGUCGGCAUUGACGCUGACUCCGAGCGCCUCGACAAGCUCAUUGCCGAGCUCCAGGGCAAGGACCUCCAGGAGCUGAUUGCUGAGGGUACCACCAAGCUCGCCUCCGUCCCCUCGGGCGGUGGUGCCGCCGCUGCCGCCCCCGCUGCCGGUGGUGAGGCUGCCCCCGCUGAGGAGAAGAAGGAGGAGAAGGCCGAGGAGGAGUCCGACGAGGACAUGGGCUUCGGUCUCUUCGACUAA